UCGCUAUCAUUCGGGCUGAGACUCUUGAAAACUCAAACGGGGGCAGGAAGUUCGCCCUCAUUUUACAUCGUCGAUUCGAAAUCCGGUGAACCACACCGCGCGCAUUUGCUGAUAAGUUUUUUUUUAUUUCACCUUAAUCCCGAACCGGAAAGUGUAGAUAUUCUAUUGACAUGAAACUGGUGCAUCUUCUAUCGGUCGUAUUGGCCACGCUCUUCGCAACUAGUGUGGUUCUGGCUGAGCGUGAUGAUCCACUUCAAGUAUUCCCGCAGCUGAAGCGUUCCAAGAAAGUUCUCUCAGGAUUCGUAGACAUCCUGGGCUCGAUUCAGAGUGAAGUUGUUCUGGCUGAAGAAAGCUAUAUCAAGAACUCUAUCAAGGAUGAGUCAGAAAUUUUGAAGCUACUGACAGCCGAUGACGUCCAGGUCAGUGGCCCUCAGUGCAUCGAAUUCGUUAAAACCAGUACCAAUCUGUUGAUGAACCUGGCCGGCAUUGGAUACACCAACUGUUUCAACGAAGCCGACGAUGAACUCUACAACGAAAUCUCCAAAGCAACUUCCAUCAGCCGGGAGAAGUACGACCAGUUCAACCUGAUCGGAGCCUUCCGGGGCGAAAACAUUUUUGUCGAUUCCGGCCGGAUUCGCGAUAAAAUUUCCACCCGGCAGCGAAGUGGCAACGUGGUACCGAAUUUAUCCCAGGAAAAGCUGGAAGAGAUCCGCAACGUGGCUAGAAACAUCAAAGAAAAUUUCCUCCGAUGCAUGUCGACGGCCCAGGAAAAACUGGCCGCAAAUUUGGAGCACACUUCCCGGCAAAUUCGGGCCAUUUGUGGGGCCGAAUCUUCCAAGCAAAUUUUGAAUUAGAGAAGCUUAACGUUUGCACGUAUGCUGGUUGAUUCCUCUUUUUUCCAACGUUUUUAUUUUAUUUUUACAACACUUGAGCACAUGUACUGGGUUCGCAUAAGCGAGAAGAAGCAGUCGUUAAUGAAAUAAAUUAUUCAUUUUCUCGCUUCGGUGAAAGCUUUUGAGUAUUUGUUGCGGGGUUUUGGCGUUCCGAGAAUACAGUUGGUUGUUUAGAGUUUUGUGGAAGAGAGUUCUGUUUCGUUUAUAUGGCAACGGAAACAAAGCACGUGUUCAUCUGCAUAAGCGACUGUAAAAGCUUAUAAGUGGUUUUGAUAAUUGAGAAAAAAAAUAACGAAAGAUUUAUACAAAAAUUAUUAAA